UGGAAUGGAAGUGGAAGAACGACCACCGAAAUGUGGCCUCAGCAAACACCAGGAGGUGCUCUUUAUUCAGCAGAUGGAAUGUGAGAGGAAAAACGACCUCCGAAAUGUGGCCUCAGCAAACACAGAGCAGAUGGAAUGGGAGAGGAAGAAGACCACAGAAAUGUGGCCUCAGCAAACACCAAGAAAUGGAAUGGAAGAGGAAGAACGACCACCGAAAUGUGGCCUCAGCAAGCACCAAGCGUUGGAAUGGAAGAGGAAGAACGACCACCGAAAUGUGGCCUCAGCAAACACCAGGAGCAGAUGGAAUGGGAGAGGAAGAAGACCACAGAAAUGUGGCCUCAGCAAACACCAAGAAAUGGAAUGGAAGAGGAAGAACGACCACCGAAAUGUGGCCUCAGCAAACACCAUGAGCAAAAGGUGCUCUUUAUUCAGCAGAUGGAAUGUGAGAGGAAGAACGACCACCGAAAUGUGGCCUCGGCAAACACCAAGAGCAGAUGGAAUGGAAGAGGAAGAUCGACCACCGAAAUGUGGCCUCAGCAAACACCAUGAGUUGGAAUGGAAGAGGAAGAACCACCACCGAAAUGUGACCUCAGCAAACACCAGGAGAUGGAAUGGAAGAGGAAGAACGACCACCGAAAUGUGGCCUCAGCAAGCACCAAGAGUUGGAAUGGAAGAGGAAGAACGACCACCGAAAUGUGGCCUCAGCAAACACCAGGAGCAUACAUGGACAGUAGAAGGUGCUCUUAAUUCUGCAGAUGGAAUGGAAGAGGAAGAACGACCACCGAAAUGUGGCCUCAGCAAACACCAGGAGCAGAUGGAAUGUGAGAGGAAAAACGACCUCCGAAAUGUGGCCUCAGCAAACACAGAGCAGAUGGAAUGGGAGAGGAAGAAGACCACAGAAAUGUGGCCUCAGCAAACACCAAGAACAUACAUGGACAGCAGAAGGUGCUCUUUAUUCUGCAGAUGGAAUGGAAGAGGAAGAACGACCACCGAAAUGUGGCCUCAGCAAGCACCAAGAGGUGCUCUUUAUUCUGCAGUUGGAAUGGAAGUGGAAGAACAACCACCGAAAUGUGGCCUCAGCAAACACCAGGAGCAGAUGAAAUGGGAGAGGAAGAAGACCACAGAAAUGUGGCCUCAGCAAACACCAAGAAUAAAAGGUGCUCCUUAUUCAGCUGAUGGAAUGUGAGAGGAAGAACGACCACCGAAAUGUGGCCUCAGCAAACACCAUGAGCAGACUGAAUGGGAGAGGAAGGACGACCACCGAAAUGUGGCCUGAGCAAUCACAAAGAGGAAGGGAGUUGCCUCAGGACAGAAGCCGCCGAUAUUUCGAGAGUGUUCUUCUUCUGGGAGACUGUUCCUCUUCUUUAUUCUCGAGUGGAAUGGGCGAGGAAGAAAGAACGCCGAAAUUGUCCACAGCAAACACCAGGAGGUAGAAUGGGACAAGAAGAACGACCGCCGAAAAGUUUGUAUACACGGUGGGUCUUCCAAAUUUGGCUGCGGAAGACUCCAAAACCUAAUGUCAAGCGUCAAUUCGGUUGUAAUUGAUAUUCAGUGGCAUUUAUGUGAUUAAACUUCGUCUCACUUUGA